AUGGCUUCUACUGCAAAUACUAAGACAGAACUCCUACAUUCCGGCAGGCCAUUCCGGCUGGCCGGUCUACGGAACCUGUCCUUCUCCUCUUCUUCCUCAUCACGUUCAUGUAAUUCAUCCUUUGGAUCACUCUCUUUCAAUGAAGAUUUUAAUUCAUUUAGUCCAAUUACCCCUCUUAGAUUCUCAUCAGGAGUUCCAUUUUCUUGGGAAAAAAUCCCUGGAAUUCCCAAGCAAGAAAGUAUCAAAAACAAAGAAUCCUUAAGGAAUCUUCUACCCUUACCUCCUGCUCGAAAGACCUCGAAUUCCUCCAAGAAAUAUGUUCAUGGACAGAUUUUUCCCAAGAAAAAGGAUCCAUUUUUUGCAGCAUUUGUGGUGUGUUCUAAGGAUGAUGAUGACGAUCACGAUGCAUUUGGCAGUCUUCGGAAAGGAUUAAAGGCCACGAGGGCUCUAAAUUCUUGCAAACGAAGUUGUGCUGUUUCAGAUUCACUUGUUUAUAUUCCAGUUCCAAGAUCAAGCUCAGAUUAUCUGCUCAAUCGGCGUUCAAAAUAA